UUUCAACCUCAAGUUUCCCUUCUUCCCUACCACCCCAAUUUACCCAUUGCUCUCAACUUGGCACUACCCCUCCACUUCAGAAGCUCAGAAUACUUACUUUAAACGACAACAAGAUCUCUUAGUUCUAAAGUCACAAUGGAUUACGAGUUACUGAAUGCCCAGGGUUGGGACGAUGAUGAUACCCCCCCUCCUCGAGAACCCCCACGCGCACCUAGAGCCACGAAGAGACGAGGUGCUAAAAGCAAACCCGAAACACGACAACCAAUUCCUGAUUUAGUUUCUCUUCCGGCGGAUACAAGCUCGCAUUCUCCUCAUUCAGUCAAUGAUGGAAUCCAACACACUGACUCCUCUGAUCGCCCCGCGUCUAAUAGAACCGCUAGCAAACCACAGGGGAAGCAUCUACCACGGGAUUCCAGAUAUUAUACCGAUCCUAAAAAUGCCUCUGGUUUGGAUUCCAAGCACAAAGGGCAGCAUUCGCAGUCGAACGCUCCCCCGUCCAGCGAGCGCUCGCUAGUCAUGAAAAACAAUAAAGGUCAUGAGGGUGGGUACUACAAAGGCGAUGGGCCCGCAGUGGUUGGGCAGUCUAUGUUUGGGGUUCCUGCUCUCUCGAAUGUGUUUCAAGAUCAAAAUGGUGUGGUUGAGGGUCGUGUCCCAGGGCCUGCGGAGUUUGUUGCGGGUCUGGAUGGCUUUGUGAGAGAUUCGACAAAUGAUAAACGGGCCAGAGACGGGGUUCCUGCCGAUGAUUAUAUGAGUCUCCCUAUCCGACGCCCUACACAAUUUGACGAGUCGUUCUUUGGGCUUAGAAAUAAUCACCUCGCAUAUAUAGCUAUAAAAACAAAUACGCAUCUGUCAGUUCCAGAAAGCUCAGAUGAUCCCCGAAUCGGAAUAUGGGGAACAAAAGAACAAGUCGAAGCGGCAAAGCACGACCUCAAUGCCUUGAUGCAACACAUCAUGCAUGAGUUAGAGACUGAGACCCGUCGUGCAGGUGGUAACUGGGAAAAGGUUAAAGCGGCCCCCAGCGAGCGCAAGCAAAAAUGGCUUGACCGACAAACCCAUGAUACGAUGCUACGCAAGAGGUAUCGACAACAGCCACCCACUGACAAACCCCUCCCAUUCAAUGGAGUUUUUGUCUGGCCAACAAAAGAAAUUGACCCCCAACAGCCCCUAGGGACCAGCUUCGAAGCUCUUGACGAUCUCAGAUACGAAAAUCGGGUCUACAUCACUAUGUCCCGUGCUGAGGGCAUCUUCCAUGUUGCCGGCGAGGAAGAAGCGCUUGUGAACGCUGCUCUUGAACGCAUGUUUGGUGUGUUCUGUGAGGUAGCAGGAAGAAAUAGGAAACCCAACAGGAAGAUGCUUGUCCACCCCCCAAGCCCCAAUCCCAGAGGGGCAACUGUAAAAUUGAUAACGGAGCAUGGCUUUAAGGACCGUCAGGUAACCAUCAAGCGUCUAAAGACAAACCUCGGGCCUAUGGUUCGUCUUUCGGCGAUCCCUCCUAAGGCAGAAUGGCUGGAAAUGUGGAAAACGAAAAGGGCAAAGCUUGAGAGGGCAAACUACAUUUAUCUGAAGAAGGUGGUUCAGCAAGGACUUAGUGACCUUUUGUACUACAGAGGGCAUUCCACUAUGAAAGUCCAUUUCGGAUCAAUGAUGCUGUUCAGCUACAAGGCGCCAGAGUGUGAAGAAUUUGAGCUCCUCGAGUUUUGUGAAAUGGCUAAGAAUCCACAAGCAGCUGGGGAGCUUAUCAGACACAUUGGUGGCGAGAACGUAGCGAAGGAGCUCAUUCAUGAAUGCUUCGUCAGGCAUGACCUAUUUCAGCCUACCAAUACUAGCGACUUUAUGUUUAGAGAUAAUGCCUACGAUACAACUAUUCCCAAUGGCGCAUCUACCGGCUUGCACCUCCAUGAAACAAAUAUGGAGCCAGUGUACCAUGCUACAUUGAUUUGCAGGACAUACGAUGAUAAAAAGUGUACUAAUGAUCUCCGCUUGGAUGUGAAAUUUGAGAAGAUCCCCGGAGUUCAUCCAAUAGGCGUUGCGAAUUCGGCCGGAAAUCUGUACAAAGUGGGCACAAGAACAUGGAUACAGCUUGCGCCUGGGGCAGGGGGCCCCAUCAGAGCUGGUGAUCAUUCCACCAAACAAAAAGGGCCAUUCGAUCUUAAGGUCAUGGAUCUCGAAAACGACCUUGCUUGGCAAUUCCAGCUCCUCACACAUAGCCUAACCCGUGAUAUUGACGUCUAUCCCAUAUUCUCCGAAUUUGUGAGAAAGAUCCGAAUUGAAGAAAUACCCGACGUGCUUGACCCAGUGGGCCCACCCGUCGGCGGUGCCCCUGAUCGCAGGAGACUGGUUCCCAGGGUCAGCUAUGUUAAUCUCCCUGGGAUGACGGUUGAGGCCCUUACCCUCAAGACCAAGUAUCAAUUUUGGAUCAAAGGCACCACUUAUCAAUUCGAUAUAACCAAGUACGAAUAUUUCGAUACCGACGAAAUCAGGUCCGCAUAUCCUGAUGGCGUUCAAAACUCUUGGAACGGUCUUAGGACGAUUCCCGACACACGCUGGGGUGCUAGCUUCUCAAAUCCGGAGUGGGUCACCACCAUGGCUCAUCAGAGAGAGCUAGGUAUCGGACUUCGUGGCUCAUGGAACCCCGACGUUAGCAGCUUUUUCAAGAGCUCCAAAGUCGGCGGAUUUGAGCAUCCUGAUUUCACUAGAACCGGUGCUUUUCACGCAGACCCGUGGAAGGGUGAUGGGUUCAAGGAAUGCAUCACAAGAAUCCAGGAGCUCGUGAGGUUCAUUGCGGAUAUCAGAACCAAGGUUGAGAAAAAGGAGGCUGAACGUAUUGCUAAAACUAACUUUGCUGGGUGCGAGGAAUUUGAUGAUUAG